CAGCAGCAGCAGCAGAAGCAGCCAGCUGUACAGGUGAGAAUCUACAUCGUUCAUACAGGGUUUUCCCGUGGGUACAGACAAACUGAAAAGUUUGACAGAGAUUCCCUAGACACAAAUAUUUGAUCUGAGGCGGAAACUUCUGUGAUGUUCCAAAUGACAAAGGCAGGAAACCAAGGAAAGAAAUGCACAGGUUAUCUGUUGUGCUUCUAAUUAUCGAGGAAUUUUUAUCUACAGGUCAGACUGUGAUUAAGCGAGUAAAGUGUGUAGAAGAUUCAAUGCAGUCAAGGAAAGAAGUGUCAUUUUAUGGUGAAAAAACAAGGACAACGCCACCUAUCGUGUAGACUACGCCACCUGUCGGUCACAAAGUCAGGUGUAAGGUAGCAUUUAAUAAUCUCCCGGGAACAUCGUCACAGUAUUUUCAAAACAAUAUAAAGUGGUCCGUCAUCAAUCAAAUUUGAUAUUACGCCACCUGUCGGCAAAGCACCAGGGACGGUGACAACAGUGCCACAUAUACCAAUGAAGAUCCGGCUAACUCCCAGGAGGGCGUACAUCCCCACCAUCGUGUUUAUUUUGUGUAUUGUUAUACAGCUACGCAUCCUUUUUGUUGUGCCUCAAGAAAAAGAAAACAGGCCUUGUGAUGAAAGAAAUCAAGUCGGGAGGAAAAUGCAGGAAAUAUCAAAGGUUAUUCCCUCAGAGACUGUCCAGACAAAUAUGAUAUAUGAAGAAUGGCUAGCAGAGUUUAAGAACCCUCUGAUAGGGGUCAAACUGACAAAGAACAUCACUAAAUUCCUGAUAACCGGAACCAGUAUGGUCAAGAACAGUUCUCGGUCGUUUGAAUACUUCUCGGAAGAAGCUGAACCACGAUUGGUCAGUAUAGGAAUCUUAAUGACGGAGAGUGGCCUAAUUGAGAACACUUUUAAGACUAUGGACACUCUCUUAGAGGACAAUGCAGGUGAGGACAGGAAGAAGUUCCGUAUCAUUCUACAACUCUCUAUGCGGGACGCUGACCUAGGGGCAAAGGUCUUUGGUGAGGUGAUGAAGCGUUACGGCGACUUCUUUGAUACUGGUCAAGUCCACAUUGUCCAUGGACCUGCUGAGCUUUACCAUCGACAUGGUAUCCCCAAGGAGACAGACGCAGACAUGCGCAAGGAGAUCCUCGACCACGCACUACUGUUCCUGUACUCGAGAAACUUGGCAAAGUAUUUCGUCCAGUUAGAACCAGGUAUUGUCUGUGAACGAUUCAUUAUUAGGAAUAUAUUAAAGAUCGUCAGUCGGCAGAAAGCGGUAUGGUUUGGUAUCGAUUUUGGACAUUUUGGUUUUAUCGGUACGUUGUUUCAUUCGACGUUUCUUCAGAGCAUGGCAGAAUACUUGGCCUCACGAUUUAGGAUUGAAAACAUUAAUGUUUUGUUACGACAGUUAUAUCUGACAAUUUCAAAAAGGAGUGUCACAUUCACUAACUCCUCUCCAUGUCUGCACCACGACAUUGAGCGGCUAAAGAGCAGGUUCCGCUUCGACAGGGGAGACAACACUACAUUGCUAAAGGGAGAUAAUCCCCCUGCAGUUAUUAACACAACAAUGGAAACGUUUGGAGGUUAUUCUCCGAUAAAAGCUUACGACAAUGACAACUCCACGUUUUUCUGGGCCUCUUCUGUUGGAUUGGGAGACAAUUUCAGAUUAAUAUUUAGAUCUACUGUAAACUUAACGCGUGUAAUAGUGACUACUGGAGGAGAAAAUGGCGAGAAGGACCGGUUAAUAUCCGGGUACCUCAGAGUGGGCACAAAUUACCCUCCGUGCUCAAAUCUUAUCCGGAGGGGCGUGUUUGUUCGGGGGUACGUGGACACGAUAGAACAAGGGUUAAGGGAGUUUCCGUCUGACAUAAACUGCCUGUCUAUUGACGUCACACGCCCCCAGCGACAAUGGCUUGUCAUACGAGACAUCAAAAUUUUUACGCGAAAAGCGGACACUUAAAAUUUUCGGUAUGGAAUUAAGAAAGAAUCGGUGCUGACAAAAAGGUUAGAUAACCUUUUCUGUUGUAAUCUAAAUGUUGUUACAUAUUUUUCUAUUAAGGUGUCAUUUAUCAAAAUAGCAUAUUGUUUUAUUUUGUAACUUUUUAUUAGAAGUUGCAGUUUAAAAUAAAACAGCCUUCAUUAUUUUCAUCCUGAUGGAGAUUUCUUUAAAAUCUGUGUAAUGAACAUGGGGCCUCGGAAAGAUUCACUAGGUGCCACAUUUUCGUUUUGUUUUAUAAAAAUAUGGUGAUAACAAAGACUCUGUUAUGUUUUGAUUGUAUUUAACAGUUUAAAAGUGGUAACAGUUUUUAAGCAAUGCUUAUUUCAUUGUCAGUGCCGAUGCCUUGGUCCAGCGCUAAUAUAAACAUCACCAAUAUCACCUGAUAAGUGUGAAGGCAAGCUAACAGAGAUUGGCAUGUACAACAGCUACGUAUGAUUCGCUAUCCAAAGGCUUCACUUCACCUCUUACAAAGUUUGA